AGCAUUGUUGCGCUGGCUUGCUGCUGAGCCCAACCCGCGCAGGCUUGGUGGUGAAAGCUUCCUCUGGUUUAGCACGACCUAACUCCCCAUGCGUGCUCCGCCAGCGACACCGUGUAAUGCGCCGCUAUGCGGUGCUAUUGGUACCGUUGCUAGCGGACUCAAGGCGGAACCGUACUUGUCGGCCUGGGCCUCCAGCCCUAAGAUAGAACAUGCGCCAUAGCUUGCGGGGCUAUCUCGUGUCGCGUGUAGUAUGCGAAUUGAGAUUUGCAUAAGAAUCUCUGCAGGGCCGAAAACAGCUCGAAUUUGUCUUGGUAGUCUUGUCCGCCUGUCUCUGAUUUAACCUCUCUGCUCCUUUCCCGACCGUUGAAGUUGAGUUGUGGUUGUUUCUCGUCGACUUCGUGGGAAAUUGCCAUUAUGGGCUGGACUUUUCACGGCCACAAACGCGAUGUUGACGCGGAAAAGCAUCUUAGACGGCUGCACAAAACAACACCGUUUAUCGAAUCCCCGCUAGUUGGUGCCGAUCACGAACACCUCGUCUUCUCUCAACGGCACGAAGCGAAUAGCGUGGAACUUUUCUUUGAUUUGUUCUUCGUUGCUAAUCUUGCGACUUUUACGGCCUACCACUCCAUUACCGAUAUCGACUACCUACUGGCAUACAUCGGUUUCUUUGGCAUAUUGUGGUCGUGUUGGUUCCAGAUCACACUACAUGAUGUUCGAUUUGCGCGGGACUCGCUCUAUGAGCGCGUGUGUAAGACGAUCCAAUUCAUCGUCUUUGUCGGUCUGGCGCUGGUCGGAAGCCAGUUCAACCCAGCGAGCGCAAAGGGUCAAGGGAACAACACUAACUUCCGUAUCCUAUGCUACACCCUGGUCAUAAGCCGUGGUCUCCUCGCCAUCCAAUAUCUUGUCGUGCUCUUCUUCACUUGGAGAGCGAAGUACACCAAGAUCUAUCUUCCGAUCAUCCUCAUGUUCGUCGUCUAUGCAAUCGGCAUGGGCGCAUUCGCUGGUAUGACACCCGCCUUCAAGGUCGAGGGCGACCACAGUAGACGCCUAGUCUACCUUGUUUGGUACGUCGUCAUGGUGCUUGAAGCCGUCGCAGUCGUUGCUAUAUCGUGCUUCUGGCGUAUGAUGAGCUUCAAAAAGACCCAUUUGAUGGAGCGCAUGAGCUUAUUGACGAUCAUUGUCAUUGGUGAGGGUGCAAUUGGUGUCACAAAGACAGUGAGCAGGAUGAUGGGGAAGCAUGGAUUGGAAGUCGAGGGAUGCUUCUUGAUCAUGUGCAUCAUUGUGGUUCUGGUGCUGAUUUGGGCUCUGUACUUCGACAACUUUCCCCACGGUCACUACGGAACUAUUCGUCAGCAGAUAUGGUCGCUGCUACACUUCCCCUUCCAACUUGCUAUUGUUGGUGUCGUAGAAGGCUCACAGCAAGUUGCUUUGGCCCGCUACGUUGCCAAAAACACCAGAAAAGUCACCACGUCCAUCCUACAAUACUGUCAAACGGAUCAUCUUGAUGGCCAAAAACUUCAAGACAAGCUUCAGUACCUCCUGGAGUAUUUCGAGCUCGACAGCAAGUAUGAGACUAGGAGCUUUUACAACCAAGCUCAGUCGGCCAUCUGGAGUGUCGGUAACGCUACAAACAUCUGCUCGCAGCAAAACACCGCACAGUACAACAUGGGCGAAGACGAUGACGAGUGGCCCGGAGCACUCAAGAACGUAUCCCACCUUCUCAACAACGGCCUAUAUACCGGUCUCGGCAUGAAGAUCCCAGUCGACAAACUAAAGGACUACAGUCCCCUCGAAGUCGGUCUCAAAGGAUUCGAGCUCGUCUAUCUCUACUUCUGGUCGUCGUUCUGCCUCCUUCUCGUCUGUCUGAUCAUAUUUCUUUUGUUGAUACGCCGCCACAAGGCCGACCUCUUCGACUUCACAUCUAUCAUAUCCCGCAGUCUUACCCUCGGCGUUGGGGGCGCAAUGUUGGCUCUGAUGGCCGACACCGAGCGAUUACACGCUGUGAUCGAAUCACCUGCGCUCCUACCAAUCUGUGUAGUAUUCCUCUUCCUCAUCCUUGUCAGCGACAAGCUAAGCUCAAUCUACUGCAACUGGAAACUCCAAAAGAGCGGGAAACCAUAUGCGUUAGAGUACGAAGAGCCCGGACACCACGGACACGGACAUAGUCAUCAUGGAUCCGUGCACGAGACGGGUGCGGCACACGAGCAUGUGCCGCACGACGCGGGGUUGGAAGAGAUGCGCAAAACGGCACGGUGGAGCACGCGACCCGAAGACAUGGUGCCUCUCACGGCACAAAGCACAGAAUACAACUCGCCGCAUCAAAGCUACGCUAUGGAGCCGCUUGCUAGUCCGCCGAUUGCGAGCCCGCCAAUGUCAAGCCACGAUCCUGCGGCCCCCCAGGGAUAUAUGGCUCACGCGCCAGCUGGAUAUGCAGCCGUGAGUACGGGACAAAACUAUGGUGCGUAGGCGGUUGUUGAAAGCGGUACGGUUCUAGAUCUUCUUGUAAUUUUCUGUUUAUUUAGCAAGCGCGGCGUUAUUGUUUUGGGAAGGCAUCAUUUGCACAUGCGAGAUCCGGGGACGGAUGGUCAUAGAUGCGGCACAAAGAUGGGCAUGGCGAUACGGCGUUACCUGUUACAGCGUAAUAAUGAACUUUGCCAUGGCGGGUUCAAUAAUUUUGAAUGAAAAGCCUUUCAACCCU